UUCCUUUGUCCCUGUCUUGAUCUCCCCCUUCAUUCACUUGCUCAAGAAAUCCCUCUCGAGUCCCCUGUCCUCAGGUUCCCACACCAUUCGUUUCCUCAAGGUCAUGCUUUGAUGCUUGCAGGAGCUGUUGCCAAACACAUGGAGGUGGAGUACCAGGAGGAGUACAUUAGGAACUCAAGAGGUGUGCGGCUUUUCACAUGCAGAUGGCUGCCCACUUCUUCUUCUUCACCGAAAGCCCUCGUCUUCCUCUGUCAUGGAUACGGCAUGGAAUGCAGUGGAUUCAUGAAAGGGUGCGGCACCAAGUUGGCGGCGGCCGGAUUCGGCGUGUUCGGCCUCGAUUAUGAGGGACACGGGAGGUCGAUGGGUGCCCGAUGCUACAUUAAAAAGUUCGAUAAUAUCGUCGCCGAUUGCGAUUGGUUCUUCAAAUCUGUUUGCGGAUCGUCGGAGAACCAAGACAAGUGUCGAUUUUUGUAUGGGGAGUCGAUGGGUGGCGCGGUGGCGCUCCUCCUCCAUCGGAAGGACCCAACUUUCUGGGAUGGUGCGGUUCUCGUGGCGCCGAUGUGUAAGAUAUCAGAGAAGGUGAAGCCUCAUCCGGUGGUGGUCAAUCUUCUAACUCGGAUAGAGGAGAUCAUACCCAAAUGGAAGAUUGUUCCUACCAAGGACGUCAUUGACUCUGCCUUCAAAGACCCAAUCAAGCGUGAAGAGAUUAGGAACAACAAGUUGAUCUACCAAGACAAGCCGCGGCUCAAGACCGCGCUGGAACUGCUUAGGACAAGCAUGAACCUCGAGAGCAGCUUAACCAUGGUGACGCUGCCCUUCUUCGUGCUCCACGGGGAGGCCGACACGGUGACCGACCCGGAGGUAAGCCGAGCGCUGUACGAGCGGGCCGGGAGCAGCGACAAGACCAUCAAGCUCUACCCGGGGAUGUGGCACGGGCUGACCGCCGGGGAGCCCGACGACAACGUGGAGGCCGUGUUCGCCGACAUCAUCGCGUGGCUGGACCGUCGGAGCGUCUGCGGGGCGCACGACCGGGUCGAUCGGUGGCCGAUGAAGGCGAACGGGGACGUGUGGAACGCCAGCCCCGAUUCGCCGGUGGGAGGGGGGCGGUGGUCGCGGCGACCCGGGAGGUUCCUCUGCGGGUGGAAGGGGCGGACGCAGCAUCACUCUGCCAUGUGAGAGAGAUUGUCAUGUGAUGACGAACAAGAAAUAACGAUAACAACAACAAUAAUUAUUAGUAUUUUCAAUUUUAGUAAUUUGUCGAACAAAUAGUGUGUUUUCGGUUCUUUACAUAAUGAAAAUAUCAAUUUUGUAAUUAUAAAUUCUAAUAUAUAUAAUAAGCUCAAACUGAUAAUUGCUAUUA